CGUUGGUGCAGGCGCCGCCAUGGCGAGCCAGUCGCAGGGCAUCCAGCAGCUGCUGCAGGCCGAGAAACGCGCCGCCGAGAAGGUGGCCGAGGCCCGCAAGCGAAAGAAUCGGAGGCUGAAGCAGGCAAAAGAAGAAGCCCAGGCAGAGAUUGAACAGUACCGUCUGCAGAGGGAGAAAGAGUUCAAAGCCAAGGAAGCAGCGGCCCUUGGAUCUCAUGGCAGCUGCACCACUGAAGUUGAGAAAGAGACCCAGGGGAAGAUGAGUGUAAUCCAGCAGAACUUCCAGAAGAACCGUGAGGCAGUGUUGUCCCAGCUGCUGUCCCUCGUGUGUGAAAUCAAACCUGAAAUCCACGUGAAUUACCGCAUCAAUGGCUAGUCCUGGAAGAAUGGAUAAGCAUCCUGGAAAUGCUGGCAGUAACACCUGAAGCUCAGGUGGAAUGUACAGCCCUUAGCCAUACCUUACCUGUUCUUGUAAAGAUGUUAAUUUAUUUCAAUGAGUUGCAGGUCAUCAAURUCUUGUGGAGUUCUGUUAGUUUGCRUCUUGAUGUAGCUUCAGAACUUAGUCAAACAGAACAAUCAUGUCUCAAAUAUGUGCUAAGUUGUGAGGUAUAUCCGAGGUGGCCUGUUAGCACUCUCUUUUUCUGAAUAAAAUUCAGUGAGCAGUYUUCCUUGGAGAAGUGGAAAGAGGAGUUGGAGGUUUUCUAGGUUUGAAUGGAGAGCCUGAGUCCAUAUUUGGUAGCUCUGUGUAACUGUGUUCAUGUAGACCAAAAUGUAUCUGUGGGUGUGUUGUUAACUUUCACAUAGGAUUAAAUCUAGUAAGAAUGCUUUGGCUGUGCAGUACUGGCUGGUAAUCUUCAGGUGCUUAAAUUUGUGUGUAUUGGAAAAUCCUCUAUACAUUCUACUGCUGGCUUGAGUUACAAGUCUGGCA